GUCUUCAAAAUAUCUUUUCCACACGUGCUACACCACCAUAUAUCUCCAAAAACAGAAAACACUCACUAGCCGCCACACGCACCGCCAACCACCACCCCAACCACCACCAGCAGCGGAGCUAAGAGAGGCUACACUCUACUUUCUCUUCCGGCCUCCGUCUCUGCUGCUUAGAGAAUAACAUUUAUUUUUACAUUUCCAUUUGUCGACUUCUCCUCGCUGCUGGUUAGUAAAAAUGGUAAGCUAUGCUGCUGCGUCUUCAAGUCUCGGAUUAUCAAACGCAGUUAAUUUCCAAAACGACGCCGUUUUAUUCAGCCGGAGCUCCAUUAGAUUCAAAUCAACAGCAAUGUGUUCUUUCCAGAAUCCUAAUUCUGUUAAGAAACAACAAAAUCACAGGCUUGUUAUGAUCAGGUGCUCUCAAUUUACUUCACCGGCCGAGCCACAAUCUGAUGCGGUCACAACCACUGGAACAUUAGCUAAAAAUGAAGGCAGUGCAAUUAGUGCUGUAGUUAAGGAUGAUGUUAGGAAUUUAGGGAGUAGUAAUGAAUUAGACAAUGAAUUUAGCGGAAGUGAUGGGAAUGGCGGAAAUGGGAGCAGUGGAGGAGGCGGGAAUGGAGGCGGCGGUGGUGAUAAUGAAGGAGAUGAUUUUGAGGAGAAAGAGUUCGGACCGAUAUUGAAAUUCGAGCAAGUGAUGAAAGAAGCAGAGAGUAGAGGAGUGAGUCUGCCUUUUGAUAUGGUAGAGGCUGCUAAGAGUGUCGGGAUUCGGGAAGUUAUUCUCCUUAGAUAUUUAGAAUUGCAGGGUUCAGGUGGAAUUUUGGGGUUUCUGAUGAAGUCAUGCUCAAUGCUUAGAAAUAGAAUGUUGGCUGAUCCAUCUUUCCUCUUCAAAAUUGGAACUGAGAUUGUUAUCGAUUCUUGCUGUGCUACAUUUGCGGAAGUUCAGAAGAGGGGUAAAGACUUUUGGGCGGAGUUUGAGCUGUAUGUUGCUGACCUUUUGGUUGGUGUAGUGGUAAAUGUUGCUUUGGUGGGCAUGUUAGCGCCCUAUGUGCGUAUCGGACGGCCAUCUGUAUCUAAAGGGUUCAUUGGAUGGGCACAGCAUGCUUAUGGAGCUCUUCCUAGCAGUGUGUUUGAAGCUGAAAGACCAGGAUGCAGGUUCACUUUAAACCAGAGAAUAGCAACAUACUUCUAUAAGGGAGUCUUGUAUGGAUCUGUUGGCUUUGGAUGCGGUAUUGUUGGCCAAGGAAUUGCCAAUCUCAUCAUGACUGCCAAACGGAGCAUAAAGAAAUCAGAAGACGACAUACCUGUGCCACCUCUUCUGAAAAGUGCAGCUCUCUGGGGUGUUUUUCUUGCAGUUUCAUCCAACAUAAGAUAUCAAAUAAUCAAUGGACUGGAACGUGUAGUCGAAGCAUCACCCGUAGCAAAGCAGGUUCCGCCUGUUGCAAUGGCUUUCACAGUUGGUGUGCGAUUUGCCAACAAUGUAUAUGGUGGAAUGCAGUUCGUCGACUGGGCUAGGUGGAGCGGAGUGCAAUAACAUCCCAUCUCCUAUCCUAAAACGAGUUAGAAUCAUAGCAGGGCGAUAUUUAUUCGAUGCUCGGAAAUGUUUUAAUUAUUAAGCUUUUGUCAACCCGGGAUAGUAGAUUAGGCUUUUCAAUUUAGGGAAUAACAUAAUCCCCGGGUUUUGACAAAUUACAUAUCCUUAAGCAUGUCACCGGAAUUUUCAACCAAAUCUGUACUUUUUUUCCUA